UUAUUAUAUUCUGUGGGCCUGUGCCCUGCAGGAGCACUCCACCUCUGCACUUUCAUGGCUACCUUAACCAUUUAUAAAGAAAAUCUCAGAUCUUGAACUUGCUAGUUCUGCCGAAAGAUGGGUUCUCAGAUUUUUCUAAAAGGGUUUUGUUUCUUGGCGUGCAUCUUCAGCUACAGUUUCGUUUCUUUGAGUUCACAAGCUGCAGCUGCUGGAGAUGGUAGCGUAAAAGGGACUGUUUUUAUAGAUGGGAAAACUUCCAUUGGAAAGAUUGACGAAGAUUUCAUUUGUGCUACUUUGGAUUGGUGGCCUCCUGAGAAAUGCGACUAUGGAACAUGCAGCUGGGACCAUGCUUCUCUCAUUAAUCUGGAUAUUAACAGCAAUAUCUUCUUAAAUGCCGUAAAGGCUUUUUCACCAUUGAAGAUCAGAUUGGGAGGAACUUUGCAAGACAAAGUCAUAUAUGACACUGAAGAUAAUAAGGAACCUUGUAAGCAAUUUGUUAAGAAUACUACUGAGAUGUUCGGUUUCACUCAAGGAUGCUUACCCAUGUACAGAUGGGAUGAAUUAAAUGCAUUUUUCAAAAAAUCAGGGGCUAAAAUUAUCUUUGGAUUAAAUGCUCUCGCCGGCCGGUCCAUACAAUCUGAUGGUUCUGCAACUGGAACUUGGAACUAUACAAAUGCUGAAUCUUUUAUAAGUUACACUGUCAAAAAGAACUACUCUAUUCAUGGCUGGGAGCUUGGGAAUGAAUUGAGUGGAAGUGGAGUUGGAACAAGAAUAGCAGCAAAGCAAUAUGCUGCUGAUACCAUCUCCCUGUAUAAGAUAGUGCAAAAUAUUUACAGUGGAGUUGAACCUAAGCCUCUAGUUUUAGCACCUGGAGGAUUCUUUGAUGCAAAUUGGUUUAAAGAAUUCAUUGACAAAACAGGAAAUUCUUUAGAUGUGAUCACCCAUCACAUUUACAAUCUGGGUCCAGGAGUUGAUGAACAUCUUGUAGAAAAGAUUCUUAAUCCAUCCUAUCUUGAUGGUGAGGCUAAUACUUUCAGUGGCCUCCAAAAUUCCCUCAAGAGUUCUGCAACUUCAGCAACUGCCUGGGUUGGUGAGGCUGGAGGGGCUUACAACAGCGGCCGGAACCUUGUUUCCAAUGCUUUUGUUUAUAGUUUCUGGUACUUGGAUCAGCUUGGCAUGGCGUCAGCUUAUGAUACAAAAACAUACUGCAGGCAAUCUUUGAUUGGAGGAAAUUAUGGUUUACUCAACACAACUACUUUCGUACCAAAUCCAGAUUACUACAGUGCUCUUCUUUGGCACCGACUGAUGGGCAGAAAUGUUCUCUCAACCAAAUUUUCUGGGACGAAAAAGAUACGCGCUUAUGCUCACUGCACAAAAGAAUCUAAAGGAAUCACAUUACUGCUAAUCAACCUAGACAACAGCACAAACGUUGAAGUCAAGGUAGCAUUUAAUGGUACAGCGACAUUGCAUCAUCAACAAAAGCAUCAUAGAUCCCAUAAAUAUCAAAGGUCUCACAGAACAAGGAACAUUAAGCUGCCUCAAGGUUCUGAAAGCAGCACAAGAGAGGAAUACCAUCUAACGGCGAAAGAUGGAAAUCUACACAGCCAAACCAUGCUACUUAAUGGGAACAUUUUAACUGUAAAUUCAUCUGGGGACAUACCUGCCUUGGAACCUGUAAGUGUAAAUUUAUCAAAGCCGAUAUCGGUUGCCCCGUUCUCUGUUGUAUUUGUUCAUUUACCAUAUGUUGUCCCUGCUUGCAGUUAGUUAGAACUAGGUGGAACACAAAAUGGUUCCUUGUAAUGAUUGAUCAAAUAACAGAUAGAAUACAUGAAAUGUCAUUCUUUUUCUUGGUGAAC